ACACGGACCCUGCGCACAGCGGAAACGUGGACCCGGAGCCGGCCUUGCGGCGCAGCUAUGGGUGCCCCGGGUGGAAAGAUCAACCGGCCGCGAACGGAGCUGAAGAAGAAGCUGUUCAAGCGACGACGUGUGUUGAACCGGGAGCGGCGACUGAAGCAUCGGGUGGUCGGAGCUGUGAUAGACGAAGGACUGAUUACGCGGCACCACCUCAAGAAGCGGGCGUCCAGUGCACGUGCCAACAUUACUCUGUCUGGGAAGAAGCGCAGAAAACUCCUCCAGCAGAUCCGACUUGCCCAGAAAGAGAAAGCAGCCAUGGAAGUGGAAGCCCCUCCCAAGCCAACCAGGACUAGUGACCUGCAGCCCAAAUCAAAAAAGAAGACAACCCCCCCACAAGAUGUAGAUAUGGAGGACCUUGAAGAUAAGAGCUAAUUCUGAAUCUCACACCCUUUCCACCAGAAGAUUCUCAAGCUGGAGCCAAGAGGACUCGAUGGUUAUUUCAGAUGAUUUUGGAGAGAGCAUUGCUCCUUUUCAUUCUCCCUAUAUUCCUCUUUCCUAAUGGCCUACUGACCUGCCCUGGAGGGAUGUAUUGAGAAAAAGAGAGUAGAAAAGAAAAAUUGCAGAGGUGGUCCUAAGCAGUCAACUGCAUUUGUAAUAAAGCCCCCUCGUUCCCACUGAGAUGUGUGUGAUUAAAUGUAGGAAUUGGGAUGGGAAAAGGAAAAGGGGCCGUGAGUGUGGAAACAAGACAACUGGAAAAUGGGACUCAGCGCUUACUUGAGCAAAGGCAACAAGAAGUUAAGUUCCUUGGUGGCCCUGUCUCCCCAGUGACAAAAUUUCUGACAAAACUGAGGAUUAUUGUAGAGAUGUCGGAGGAGGCAAGGGUCCUGAAAACAGCCCUGCCACCUCCCCUGUGUGAUGAGGGUGGACAAGUGACCAUGAUUGUCUUUGCUUCCAUUGCUGGAUUAUAUUUUUAAUAAAGUGAACAUUAUUUUA